CGAGUGAGGGAGUGUUAAUUUUUACUCCGUAUUGAAUUACUUCAUCACCAUCUUGUAUAAUGGAAAAAAACUGGUUUUUACAUACAGUAGAACUCUCACUCUUUUGUGUUUUUUGGAAGAAAGGGAGUCUACUGUGAGAGUGUGAGGUAGACAGUUUCUGGAAGAAAGAGAGAUGAUUACUUCAUUGUAAUAAUCAAUUAAUUAACUCCACUCCGUCGUCAUCAAUUGACCUCCCUCAAUUCCAUUCCCCAGAUCCACCUCGAGUUCACUGCAGAGAUGGCGUCCACGGGCUUGACUCUACCAAUUCAAAUGCGACUCCACAACAACAACAACAAGUGUACUGCGGAUUUCCCGGCGACAGUCCGGCCGGGCCUUUGCCGUCGUGGUGGAAGAGUAAGCUUGAGAGCGUCGUCGGCGUCGGAGAAUCAGACGGCGGAGCCCGACCUGAGUGUGACUGUAAACGGCCUGAAAAUGCCUAACCCCUUCGUGAUCGGUUCAGGCCCUCCCGGCACGAACUACACUGUUAUGAAGAGGGCCUUCGAUGAAGGAUGGGGCGCUGUCAUCGCCAAAACGGUUUCCCUGGAUGCUGCCAAAGUUGUUAAUGUAACUCCUAGAUAUGCCAAACUUAGAGCGGCGGGAUCAAAUGGUUCUACCAGAGGUCAAAUCAUUGGGUGGCAAAAUAUUGAACUGAUAAGCGAUAGGCCUUUGGAAACAAUGUUGAAAGAGUUCAAACAGUUGAAAGACGAGUACCCAGACCGGAUACUUAUUGCCUCUGUCAUGGAAGAGUACAACAAAGCUGCCUGGGAGGAACUCAUUUCUCGGGUUGAGGAGACUGGAAUUGAUGCCAUUGAAGUCAAUUUUUCAUGUCCUCACGGUAUGCCAGAGCGCAAAAUGGGUGCCGCUGUUGGGCAAGAUUGUGAGCUGUUGGAGGAGGUCUGUGGAUGGGUUAAUGCUGUGGCUACUGUGCCUGUUUGGGCAAAGAUGACACCCAAUAUCACUGACAUUACAAGACCAGCUAGGGUAUCUCUUAAAGCAGGAUGUGAGGGGGUGGCUGCCAUAAAUACAAUCAUGAGCGUCAUGGGCAUCAAUCUGGACACCUUACGCCCCGAGCCUUGUGUUGAAGGAUAUUCAACUCCCGGAGGCUAUUCUGCAAAGGCAGUGCAUCCAAUUGCUCUUGCAAAAGUAAUGAGCAUUGCGAAGAUGAUGAGAUCGGAAUUCGGGGAUGAUGAAGAGUAUUCGCUAUCUGGUAUUGGAGGUGUUGAGACUGGUGGUGAUGCGGCCGAGUUCAUUCUUCUUGGAGCAGAUACUGUCCAGGUUUGCACAGGUGUUAUGAUGCAUGGCUAUGGACUAGUUAAGAAGCUGAGCUCUGAGCUCCGAGAUUUCAUGAAGAAGCACAGUUUUUCAUCUAUCAAAGAGUUUAAAGGUGCAUCACUUCCAUACUUCACAACUCAUAUGGAUUUGGUCAAAAGACAGCAAGAAGCAAUCCGCGAGAGGAAAGCGAUUAAGAAAGGAUUGCUAUCCGACAAAGACUGGACGGGAGAUGGUUUUGUGCAAGAAACUGAGAGCAUGGUUUCCAACUGACUGGUGUGCGUUCCUUCUCCCUAAAGGAAAAAUAAAACAAAGAAGCUGGUUGGCAUUAUGACUAUCUAGUUUUCAUGUAAUUUGUGAUGGAAAUAGAUUAGUUUGAGAUCUCUUGGAAUGCCAGAAGAACGGCCAGCUUUGUUUUUCCAAAGAAUCAAAAGAUAUAUAUGAUGUUGAUUUAGUUAUCAAUGUUGUUGUUAUAUAGAGAUUGAACAAUGACAAUACCUUUUGAUAAACGCUCAGUUGUUGCAACUCACAAGUAAAGCUAGCAGCAUGGAAUUUGUGAACAGCUUUAAUUCAGUCUUUCAAAUAAAUUUGUCAUUCAUCC